AUGACUACAAACGCAACCAUCAACACCCCAACGGGCACCCACUCCGUGGACCCCUACAAGACCCAGAACGCUGAAGAUCCCCCAUUGCCACAGAAAGUCCAGGAUCUAGUCGAUUUCAUCACACAGGUCAAAUAUGGCAUGUUGACUACCAAACAAUCCGAGGGUGAUUACCUGGCAUCGCGAUGCAUGGCCCUCGCCGCUACAGAACACGGCGGCAUCGAUCUAGUCUUCCACACAAACCUCUUCUCCAGCAAAACAAUGGAUCUAACAGUGCACCCACAAGAAACAAACAUGUCCUUCCUCGACCCCGUCAGUGGAGCAUGGGCCUCCAUCUCCGGCACCGCAUCAAUCCUGUCCAACCCUGAAACAGUCCAAAAGUACUACUCGCCCCAACUAAAGGCCUGGCUCGGUGAUAUGGGCGACGGCGUGCACGAUGGUGGCCCUAAUGAUCCGCGUAUCGGCGUGAUCAAGUUGGAGGCCAAGUUGGCGACGCAUGUUGCUGCUAAGAAGGGGAUUUUGGGUCGUGCGACUGAUACGGUUAAGGGCGCUGUGAAGGGAGAGGUUCCUAAUAUUAAUAGUAUUCGGGAGUUGAGUAUGGCGGAGUUGGCUGAGUGGCGUCGAACUCAUCAGAGCUAG